AUGCCCAUUUCCGAAAUGCAGUGCCGUCUGUUCUGUGAAGUGCUUGCUGGAAAAUGCAAAUUGCCGGAUUCCGAGAAAAUGCUCAAAAACAUCGAGAAAAAGAAGGCGCAAAUGGCAAAACAGUACGUGAAACGUCGACGUCACACUAUUCAAGUGCAUUACGUGGAAUAUAUGGAUGAACUGGCAAAACUGAUUGGUGUGAAGCCGAAUUUGCUGAAAUAUUGGCUCACUGAUCCACGCCUUGCAUCCACGCUUCUCUUUCAAGGAUUGGCUCCCUAUCAGUACAGGCUAACAGGUCCAAAUGCUUGGUGCGGGGCCCGUGAAGCAUUGCUAGGAAUGGAGCAGCGGAUGUUCGAGAAUUCCCGGACAAGGCAAACCAAGGAAACAAUGAAAUCCACUCCUGUCAAUAAAUUUUUCUACUUAUUUCGUCUAAUUAAACCGUAA